GGCAUGGAGCUGUUGGCUGAACUCCAUGUGUGCUGAGCAGUAAGACGGGAAGAAGAAAAAAAAAAAACAGCAGAAGAGAGAAAGAGGAAGAAAGAGGGUUUGAAAGCCUUAGAGGAACGCCUGCCGUUCAUCUAACAGCCACACUGAGAGGAGGACUAACAUUACUGGCAGGCAACCUGCUUGUCCUCAAGGACUUGCAUCUUCUCCAUCCUGGUCACCAACAAGAGAAGACCACAGCUUGUUCCGCCCUGCCAACAAGACUCGAGCAUGCCCGGACAUCCUCGUCCUCCCUGCCGCUGAUGCAGGUGGCUGUCAUGAUUUCCUAUUGCCCUCUGGCCACCUUACUGCCUUUGCCCAUCAGCGCCCAGCUAAACCACUGCCCCGACCUGGAUAGCACCUUGCUGCCUGAGGGGGAGGGAGGUGUCAUUCUGCAGAGGUACCAGCCUCGCUCCCCAGAGAGCAGCCCUCACCACUGGAGCUCGGUGCAGGACUGGGGGGAGGAAGUCGAGGAAGGAGCCGUCUACAACGUGACGCUGAAGAGGGUUCAGAUUCAGCAGGCGGCCAACAAGGGAGCAAGAUGGCUGGGGGCGGAGGGCGAUCGCCUGCCUCCCGGCCACACGGUCAGCCAGCUGGAGACCUGCAAGAUCCGCAGCAUUCGCGCCGGGACUCUGGAGCGCCUGGUGGAGACCUUACUGACGGCCUUUGGAGACAACGACUUGACCUACACCUCCAUCUUCCUCUCCACCUACAGAGCCUUUGCCAGCACCCAGACUGUGCUGAAGCUGCUGCUGGACAGGUAUGGGAGUGUGGAGGAAAACGAGCAGGACGGCUCUGAAAGCAAUGAAGCCGUCAGAAACGCCCUGGCUUCCAUCCUGCGUGCCUGGUUGGACCAGUGUCCCGAGGACUUCCAGGAGCCUCCAGACUACCACUGCCUCCACCGGCUGAUGGACUACCUGCGCAAAGCUCUGCCGGGUUCAGAGGCCCUCAGGCGCGCCGAGGGUCUGCUGGAGCAGCUCCGCGGUCAGGCCAGCAUGGAUGAAACUGAUGUGGGUUUCCAUGGAAACGGUUCUUUCUGCCUGGGGGAGGAAGAGGAGGUGGAGAUCGAGGUCCAGGAGGACUUCCUGUCCUUUGAGGCGGACCUGGUGGCGGAGCAGCUGACCUACAUGGACGCGCUGUUGUUUAAGAAGGUGGUCCCCCACCACUGCCUGGGCUCCAUCUGGUCCCACAGGGACAAGAAGGACAACAAGCACAGCGCUCCCACCAUCCGCGCCACCAUCACCCAGUUCAACGCCGUCGCCGCCUGCGUGGUGAGCACGGUGCUGAAGCACAGACAGCUCAGGCCGCACGUCAGGGCCAGGGUCAUCCAGCGCUGGAUAGACGUCGCUCAGGAGUGCAGGAUACGCAAAAACUUCUCGUCGCUGCGAGCGAUCGUGUCGGCGCUGCAGUCCAACCCUCUGUACAGGUUGAAAAGAGUGUGGGCAUGUGUGCACAAGGACAGCAUGCAGACGUUUGAGGAGCUCUCUGACAUUUUCUCUGACCACAACAACUACCUGACCAGCAGAGAGCUGCUCAUGAGGGAAGGUACGUCAAAGUUUGCCAGUCUGGAGAGCUGCGCCAAAGAUCACCAGAAGCGCACCCACAAGAGACUGCAGCUGCAGAAGGAAAUGGGAGCGAUGCAAGGAACCAUACCGUACCUGGGGACCUUUCUGACUGACCUGACCAUGCUGGACACGGCCCUACCAGACUUUGUGGAGGGGGGCCUGAUCAACUUUGAGAAGAGACGCAGGGAGUUUGAGGUGAUCGCGCAGAUCAAGCUGCUCCAGUCGGCCUGCAACAGCUACUGCCUGACUGCUGAGCCGGCUUUCCUUCGCUGGUUUAAGAACCAAACUCAGCUCAGCGAGGAGGAAAGCUACGUCUUGUCUUGUGAGAUCGAAGGCCUCGGCGACAGCAGCCCGACUUUACCCAAACCUCGCAAAAGCAUGGUGAAGAGACUCAGCCUACUGUUUCUAGGGCCAGACAGCAGCACGGCCAGUUCCCCAGUCAGAGAGACGCCGCGGUCGCCUCCUACUGGCAGCUCGGGGGAGAGCAUGGACUCGGUCAGCGUGUCCUCCAACGACUCCAGCGGUCCUUCAGACAACGAGGGGCUCGUCAGUCCGACUCACAACUCCGACUCCAUUCAGAACAAGCUCUCAGAGUCCUCAUCCUGCACUUCGCUCCACUCCAUGGACACCAAUUCGUCGACGGCCAGCGUUUCCAUGACUCCCGCGUCUCCCUCGCUCCCUGGGCGUCCCGGCACCCACCGGCGGUGCAUCUCCCUCACACCCCUGUCCCCCAGCUCCCCGAGUCAGACCCCGGCUUAUAACACCCAAGCCCAGGACGUGUGCAUCAUCAGAGUCAGCCUGGAGCAGGGCAAUGGCAAUCUGUACAAGAGCAUCCUGCUGACCAGCCAGGACAAGACCCCGGCUGUGAUAGCCAGAGCCAUGGCAAAGCACAACCUGGAGGUGGAGCCGGAGGAGGGAUUUGAGCUGGUGCAGGUCAUCUCUGAGGAGAAAGAGCUGGUGAUUCCCGACAGCGCCAAUGUCUUCUACGCCAUGAACACCUCAGCCAACUUCGACUUCCUGCUGCGCGACCGGGGCUCGGCCGGUCGACCCGUGCAGCUGCACAGCCGCUGCAGUUCCACCCUUCCUCGGGCUCAGCAUCGCUCCAGCCUCUCGCUCAGACUCAGCAAAGUGACGCUGUGCCCCCCCCCCCCCCCCCCUCAGUCUCUGCGCUGAUGCGAGUCCGUUUUUGGGUUGUGAUGAGUAGGUGGAUUAAUUGAGAAACAAAGAGCUCCGAGUUAUUUCAGGUGGACCAGAUGCGUUUCAAUGAGCUCUUAGACCGCUUUUUGACUCUUUCCAUUUGGGUCUCAUCACAAAUUGUGCCAUCAUCGCCUGCCCAGCCUUAAUGUGCAACUGUGCAACAACGACCCCAAAGUGGCCUCCAGUCUUUACAACAGAUUUUUUUUUUUUUUUUUUUUUUUUGCACAAGUGGGAGCAGCCAAACUCCCCUGACCUUCGACAGUAUUGUGAAAAUGACUGAACUCCCUUUUUUUUUUUCCGUGUGAUGUCAUGCGUAGAUGAAGCUUUAAUUUUCUCUGAACAGAAAUGAAACGGAUGAUGUGUGGUGUUCAGUCCCGUUUCGCUUUGUUAACAAUGACUGAAUGGACCUCUAACAGUAUUCUGAACCAUAUUAGCUGACUGAAAGAAACUGUGACGUUGAUGUUUUUCCCCAGUUGGACAUCUUGGACAGCUCCUGUCUGGCUUGUGCACAGUGUGCACCGUAUAUGUGUAAACAGAUUGUGUGUGUGUGUGUGUGUGUGUGUGUGUGUGUGUGUGUGUGUGUGUGUGUACUCCUCCCCCUCAUAUUGUGAGCUGCGUGACGAAUGCAGUGUUAGGCGCAUUCUGAUUGGUUCCUGUACUUGGUUUUAUCAAGUCCUCGGCAAAUACUGAAAAAGCCUUACCUGCCCUGUCUUCAGGGUGAAGAGGUGCAAUUAGUGCUGCUUUCUGAUGCAGUUUCCCUUUUUUUUGCAUUGAAAGACAGAAUGAAAACAAAGUUGGCAUCCUACUGAAACAGAAAGCAGAUCAAUGUCUCAGACCGAUGCAUCCUCGUACCUUAUGCCAGUGUUAUGUGAAUAUGAAGGAUGAAUGAACCCCUUUGUAAGUGGUUUAACUCCCUCUUUACUAAACAAGUUAAUGUUUUUGUCUGUAAGUGUUGCUCUUUUUUAUAUGUUUUUUUUUUUUGUAUUUCUUUUUAGCUUAAUUCAUUCCAGAGAUGUAUUCACCAAUGUGAGAGUGACAGGAGGUAUUUAACACAAGUGUUAAUGAACUCAAAUCGUCAUAAGAGAAGACCAUCUGUGCCAGAUUUUCCUUUGACCCAUUCUGAGGGACACUUGAUUUCUUUAUCCAUCUGUCUCUUGAAAAAAAAAAGAAACACUUCUCAUCUGUAAGCCAGGCAAGUUUAAUGGUCAUAAUAUCACCAUGAAAUAUUAUGGACGGUUACUCCAGCAGAGCACAGUUGAGACUUAGGCUUCAUGCAGAAUUUCACAUAGAGAUGUUUUCCUUUAAACCAAUCCUCAUUUCCUGUUCUCCACUGCCAAAGACUCUUACUCUACAUGAAUAAAUAAAUUAUUGCCAUUAUUAUCAAA